AUGCUGGCAGCUGAUGGCAAGUGGGUGGCCAGUGAUACCUGUCUCCAGGAGCUGCCGUUUAUCUGCCAGAUAUCUGACAAGAACGUCGUUUAUCCACCGACUGUCCUUCCAGCGAAAGGUAGCUGUGACCCAGGCUGGGUAGCAUAUGGCUUCUCCUGCUACUAUUUUGACAACGGCGCCUCUGUCACAUGGCUGCAGGCCAACCAGAGAUGUCAGGAUUUCGGAGCACAUAUGGUGGAAGUGAAAAGCGCUAGAGAAAUGUCCUUCAUCGACAAGAAAAUGGUAGCCGCGUCGUGGCUUGGAUUUACCGACAGACGACGUGAAGGCCAUUGGACCCCGUAUGCGAACUGGGCCCCCAAAAGGCCAGAUGACUUCCAUGACGGCCUCAGCGAACACUGCGCUAUCAUCCUGGCGGGAGAUCCACAGGGACUCUGGGACGACGUACCCUGUGACCAACUGAAUGCUUACAUUUGUGAAAAGGUCAUAGGCCCAUCCACCACAUCGGGGCCAGCCACUUCAGAAACUGCUGUAUCGGUAAAAUGUGGACUGUUCUGGGAAGACAACCCUCUAAGUGAUCACUGUUAUCAGUUCAACACAGACACGUUGUCGUGGACAGAGGCCCAGCUACAGUGUCAACACAAUGGCGGAGACCUGGCCAGUAUCACUAGUUUAGAGGAGCAAUUGUAUAUCUCAGGUUCAUCAGGUUCUGGUUUGGGUUCCUCUUGUAUGGAAAUGGACGCCUCUACCGGGGUUUGGAGAGACGACCAGUGCCAGAGCAGAAGAGGUUAUGUCUGCAAAAAGCAGGGUAAUAUCUCAAGCACCACUCCACCUUCAACGUCGGUGACAACUAGUUCUCCAGGGUAUCCUUCGUGUCAGGAAGACUGGGCGCUGUACAGGGACCACUGCUACAGAGUGUUUGAAGACAAGAACACGUGGUCACAGGCCAAGGGUUCCUGUCGACGCAUGGGUGGAGAUCUAGCGUCCAUUUUGACUGCCAACGAGAAUAGUUUUGUGACCAGUUUGGCAGGCGAAGAAGAUGUGGAUCCCAGUGAAUUCUGGACCGGACUGAAUGCUGGAAGGAAUACAAACCAGUAUGAAUGGUCAGAUGGUUCCUCAGUGACCGUUACGUACUGGGCGGCCAAUGAACCUGACCUACAUAGUAGAGAGCACUGUGUUAGUCUGUAUACCUCAGAUGACAAGGUCGGUAAGUGGAAUGGGAAUGCUUGUGACCAGUGGCUUCCAUAUAUAUGCAAGAAACCAGCGGCUAAGAUGGUGUCGCCACCUGUCGUGGGGUUUAAAGGUUGUCAGCAGGACGUGCGUGCUGCAUAUAAAGGUUCCUGUUAUACCUUAUCAAAUACUGGUACAACGUGGUCAGAUGCUAAUAGACUGUGCAACAGUUCCGGUGGUAACCUGAUUGCUAUAAACGACCAGUAA